AUGUGCUCUGACGAAAACGGCGCUCACCAUGCGAUCUACUACCUCAAUGCUCAGCUCGGGCUUUGUAUAACUCAGCGAAGCAUUGCCUCGCUGAGCAUGCUGGGUCACGUCGCCCAGAGAGCCGUAUGUCCGAUAGGAUCUCCAGAACCCAACUACGCCCUGGUGAAGUACAGCGCUGCUAGCUUGGACGGUUCCUUCGAUGUCGCUUUCCACGCCACCUUCGGCAAGCCCGUCCUGGAGUUUAUCUGUGGCCACAACGCCGUCCUUCACCUCACUCUGGAUGAAAGUCGUUUGGUGGUAGGCGGCGUCUCGACGAUGUACCCUGGUCCUCUCCGGGUUACUUAUCGCAUCCCCUUCGAGAGCCGCUCUAUCUAUGGGAACAACCUUCUCAUCAGUGAAUAUGAGAGCACGAUCAACCUCCUGAUCCUCGACUUCAAAAACUCAGUCCUUCUUUCUACCUUCCCGCAUGUUUCAUUCGGGAGCGGUCAGCUCACGCGUUUCCUCGCGGGCUAUCUUCAAUUGCUCCAGGAAGCCGGCAACCAUGUUCUCUUCUCCCCUCCCAAGUUUGGUCCCUACAGCCCGAUGAUGAUCACCGACUACGCUCUCUUGGACCUCUCUCAGGCCUUCUUCCACAACUCCAUCCGAGGAAUCAGCGUCGACCAGAUCAACACCUAUCUUACUUCGAUCUGGCUCAAGUCGUCCAUGCUUUCCUACCGCGGCAUCAACGGCGAGAAGGGUAACUGGCCUCUUCGACUCCUCGCGCAGUUCAACACGAGGUCGUACGGGCAAGGGACGUACGGCCGCUUCCGUAUGGGACUGGAGCCUCCUACCGUUGAGAUCGUUUGCGACAAGGAGCUCAUCAUGUACUUCAACAUCGACGAACUUGAUUGUUUCGAUCACAAUGGUGUGACUCAAUGUUCUUUGACUCACUUAGAGCCGCGCUACCAUGAUUUGAAGUCGCACUUCCCCGGUCUCGACGAGGAUGACGCGUUCUGCGGCGAACAGACGGAACUCCUCGUGCGAUUCUUCACCAAGGAGUACCUCCGCCUCCUCAAGGACGUCCAUUAUGACGUUCUGUACACCCACGACACCCGCUGGGAGACCGUCCACAAGCCUCUUGAGCACCCCUCCGGCGGGUGGGAAGUCGGCCUUCCGGACCACUCGCGCGACUCGAUCCGGCACACGCACAUGUACGGCUUCGACCAGGUCGCCGCGCUCUCACACGGCUCGCUCGACGCGCAUUUCGCCUCGCUCCGCAAGAGCGCGCACGGUAUCCUGCGCCAGUGGACGCACGACAAGUUCUUCGACGCCAAGUUCAAGCCGCUCACGGUCCGCCUUCUCAGCGACAACCGCGCGAUCGUCUGGGUGCAUCUCAAGGGCGGCAUCCUCACCACGCUCCGCGAAUGGGUGCCGUCCCUGGAGUCCGACGCGACCGCUACUUUCGGCGAGUGGCGCCUCGCCUUCGAGGUACCACUGAAAAAGUGCUCGCAACACGAGCUGGAGGGCUUUGAUUCGGUCGGAUACCGGAACACCAUGGCCUUCCAGAAGCACGGCGUCGUCGAAGACUGCGAGCUCUACCACAUCUGUCUCGACCUUCACAACGCCGAUUACAUCCACGAGUACUCGCUUUUCGCCGACCUCACCCAGGACAGGCAGGGGAUCCGCCACUCCGUCCUCAAGCUCCAGGCGGCCAUCCACUACGUCACUCAACACUACUUCCCGGCCCUCUGCCGGGAGGCCUACCACGUCCUCACCAGCGUCCCCGUCUGGAAGCCGAACGCGACUCUCCCCUCCUCCUACGCGCUCACCAGCGUCGACUUCCAAGUGUACUCGUCCGCGCGCGUCACGCGCAAGAACUGGGCGCACGUCUCGGUCGGACACCAGCCUGUGCUCGUCGUCUUCGGCAUGACCGCGCACCGCGCCCCGCCCGCGCACCACCUCGACUGGUCGGCAUCCUGGGUGGUGCAAGCCGAGGCCGCGCGCGGCUUCUCACACGGGACGCUGAGUAUCGCGCGGCGCGUGUUCAUGGACGAGCGCGUGCUCACGCUCCUUGCGCGCGUCAACGUGCUCACCACGCUCGUCCCCCAGCGCGCGGACGCGCUCGAGCAGCAUGAUUUCCGCGGGCUCCAGCUUGUGCCCUGGGCUCGCCACGAGCAGCGCAAGAAGUGGCCGGCCGAGUGGGUCAUCCAGCCUCUGGCCGACGACGGCACGCUCCAGUACCUCUGGCGGCACGACGAGCGCUGGCAGUACGACUCGCGCGGCAAUGCGAACCCGACGAACACCUCGCGCGGCGUAUCUUGCGUCACCCGCAACUACGUGGAGCUCCCGACCGCCGUCAGGCAAGGCGCUCUGAGCAUCAAGAUCGGCGGCGAGGUCGAGCUCAGUGUCUCGCUGCAGAACACGAGGACCUACACGUACGGCCCCGCCUCUCUUCCCCCGCUCCCACUUUGCUCAUCACCCCCAUCCCUCCACAGCGCCCGCGCGUCCGUCAGCUGGUCGACGCACGUCACCGUCCACACCCUCGGGAACACCAUCCGGGUCGACACCGUCGGUUCGCACGACCCCGUCUUCACCCCGGCCACCUACGCGAUCGGGCCCGACGUCGUCCCAUUCGCCGAGCUCGCGCUGUCCGCGACGCUCGCCGACCCGGUCAUGCUCCUCGUCGAGGCGUUCCCGCCCAAGGUCGACCUCGAUGGGCUCGUCCGCGAGAUGCGUGCGUUCGAGGGCGCGUGGCAGUACUGCUUCCCCCUCGCGGGCGCGGGCGCGUAUGCGCUCGGGAGCCCGAUUUUCAAUGCGGACGGGGACCUGCUUUUCGAGUUCCGUCGGUACGGCGCAAGCUCGCGCGAGGGCGACGGUGGGCGGCGGCUCCGCCAGAAGCGGGCGCCGCUCGCGAUCACGAACGGGAGCGCGCCGGAGUGGCAGCUCGCCACGCCGCGCAUUGGCGUCGAAGUCAUCAACGAGAGGACGGACGGGCCCGGAGUGUACAACGGUAACGGCAACCCGACGUUGAAGGCGACUGCUGCCGCCCCGGAGUUCUCUGGGUAUGCUCCCAGCGAGCUCGGGGUGGGGGAUGACUCCCAGGCCUCCAUCAGCGUCGCGGAGUGA